GCUUAACACUCAAGUAUAUGGAAACUCCUAAGAAGAAAUGGGUCUUCUCCCGAUACGAGUAGCCGUGCAGGGGCCGGAAGUCGCUGAACCCCUGUUUCGUGCUCUCCAACACCAUUGCUGUUUGUGCCUCCAAUCUUUCUCUUAGCUGUGCUUUAUAGCUCUUCUUGUUUCAUUUUUAGAGACAAAGUUUCUCUUUCAAUAUCGCCUAGUUUUUUCUUCAGGGUAUUUAAGUUCUUUCUUCUUUUGGAGUAGAGAUGGCCAAUGGUCCUGCACCGUUUCCAGAGAUUGGCAAGAAAGCCAAGGAUCUAUUAAACAAAGACUACAACUUCGGCCACAAGUUCACUCUGUCGAUGUUGAGUGAUUCUGGAAUGGCACUAACAGCUACUGGUGUGAAGAGUAAUCAAUUUUUUCUUGGUGACAUAAGCACACAGUACAAGAGUGGAAAGACUACAGUGGAUGUAAAAGUUGAUACUCGAUCUAAUGUUUCAACAACAAUCACUACAAAUGAAAUCUUCCCACGUACAAGGAUGGCACUCAACUUCAAAAUACCUGAUCACAAGUCUGGCAAG